AUGAUCACAAAGCAUAGCCGGAAAGGCAAGAAUCGUCCUCUCAACAAGGAAGAGAAGGAGACGAAGGCGAAAUAUGAGCAACGACGGCGUCGGCGUUUGUGUUUGGUCAAAAAGGCCGGGGAAUUGAACGCAAUGUGCCAGAUGAAAGUCUUUCUCCAGGUCACCGACCAGGCAGGACAACGUACCGACUAUUUCAGCUCGGAGAAAAUUUCGGAUACUUGGCCAUUCUCUAAGCAGAAAUUGCUCCAAGAUCCCAGCGUCCGCCAGAUUACGCUCGCAGGUAGGGCCAACAGGCAGCGGUCGCUACAGUCUAGAGAUGACAGGAGGGAAGAAGAAGAAGAGGAGGAGGAGGAGGAGGAGGAGGAGGAGGAGGAGGAGGGGGAGGAGGAGGAGGCAGAUGCCCCAACCGAAGAAGCAUCGAUCCCUAUGGCGAGCGGCUCUGGCAUACACAAUAUCUUUCACAUCGUCGAUCAAAUGUCUCAGGUUGGAGAGCGUCAAGCUUCGCUAUGGGAGGGCAUGAGAUCGGCGCUCACGUGGUCAAAGUCUUCAGCGAUUCCUAAGCAUCAGUCAUGCAACAGUGGCGGAAUAAGAUGA